AUGGGAUCCGCAUUGAAAAAGCAAAGACUAGACAAGAAAGGUAAUUCUAAAGAUACCAAGAAAGCUAUAAUACCAAAUAGAAAACAUUCUGAGGUAGAAGAUGUACAGGAAGAGAAAUCUUUGGCAGAAAUUGAAUCUUCCUCUGGUGAAAUAGCCGAAGAAGAAGCAGCAGCGGAAGAAGGAUUAUCGGAUCUUGAAAUGGAUGAUGAAAUAGAUGUUGCAGAUGUGUCAUCCUCUGAAUCCGAGAGCGAGAACGAAGAAGAAAUUGAAGGUGAAGAUGAAGAGAGCUUUCCAAAAUUGAAGAAGAAGAAAAACCUUGAUGAUGGUUCCGAAUCAUUCGCUAAUGCUUUUACUGCGAUUGUUGGUUCUAAAUUAAAGGCAUAUGAUAGAAAGGACCCAAUAUUGGCUAGAAAUAAAGUUACGUUAAAGAAGUUAGAAUCUGAGAAAUUAGAAAAUAAAGCAAAGAGAGCUCUCUUGGCUGAAAAGAAACAAUUACAAGAUAGAUUCAGAAUAAAACAAUUAUUACCUAGUGCCAGCGAGCCAGAGAAAGUUAGAGAAACUAUAGAGAAAGAAAAGAAACUAAAGAAAAUUGCACAACGAGGGGUUGUUAGACUUUUUAAUGCUGUUUUAUCAACUCAAAUCAAAACUAAUCAAGAAAUAAGUAAAGAAAAGGUUGGUCAAUCUAGAAAAGAAGAAUUAAUGAAUGAAAUUUCAAAAGAAAAGUUUUUAGAUUUAGUUCAAGCAGCCGGAGAUUCAUAA